AUGGCUUCGACGCUACCAAGACCGUAUAGGCGGAUCCUAACCUCUGCUCUGCAUCGGAGGUUUGUUCACGCCUCAGCUCUCUCUCUGCUUGUGAAUUACGUUGUUGCCUUUGCUAUUGGAACGAAGACAUCCCUUUUGUGGUCGUGGUUCCCUCUUGGAGCAUGCGGUCUACGUGCACUUCUUCUUUUUAUUGCGACCCUAGCCGUGUUUUUUGUCCGAGUAGCUCAAAUGCAUACUGGACCACGAACUACAACCUCCCCGUUAGCAACCUUCCGCCACAUAUUCCCCGUUCAUGUGGCUCAAACUUUUACCUGGUACAUAUUCUCUGCGUGGUGGUUCAGUGAGGUCUACAUGUGGUCAGCUCCCCAUGAUGCUGAUCUAGGAUGGAUUAAACCGGGCGGACUCACUGAACGAAUAACUCUCAACGAAAGAUCGAUUUACUUACAUACCUAUCACAUUAUGCUAGCAAUUAUGCAAGCUACUCUUCACUUGUACUGUGACUACGACCGACUCAUCAUUCCUAUUACCAAACAUACACCGGAAUCAAAAGAUAAACGCCCGCAUCCUAUGGACUCGGUUACAAAGAGAUUACAAAGGGGGACAUUCAAAUGCAUUGCUGAGGCUUUCAGAAAAGCUUUGAUAGUCACUGUGGCCGGUCCAUUUAUCUACGUGAUAUUCUUGAGACGCUCCGCGUGGAGCUUCUCCCUUUUCUUCGCAAAGCUAUUUUGGAAUUUCCCUCGGACAGCCGCAGAUCCUCCAGGCAUAAUGCCUCCGGACUUUUACAAUUUAUUCGUCCGUCAAAUAGUAUCUGGAGCGAGUCUUGUCUUUUUGUGGCAGACAGCCAACCUGUUUUUCACGGUCUUCAUAACCAAAGAACCGUUGAAAAGGGGACAACCACUUACAACAGGCACCAAAGAUCCAACUGGAAGCUUGAUCAACGGACUGAAAGCAAAGAAGGAUUUUGUCAAAAGUUACGCUUUCUGGGAACUGUCCUUCAUCAGCCAGGAAUAUCCGGACCGUCGCAAAGCAAUCUUUGGCGAUAUUGAUCGCGAGGGAGGUUCGGCUUGGAAGCAAGUGCUGGAAGCAUGCGUUGAAAACAUAAACGGCAUUUCUAGUCGAAUAAACCAUUACAAAAACCCCCCAUCGGCAGCGGGGGCAAAGGCCCCGAAUGUGCCACAUCCUCAACUUCAAACAUUGCCUCAAAUAACCGAGGCCCCUAAAAAGGACAACAUUUUCGCACCAUCACCGAAGACAAGCGGCUUCAGUGAAUCUUUCGGGGUGAGAGCAAAGUCAUAUGGCCAAUCUGCAGACUGGACACCAGCUGCAAGAGCAAAGGUUCGAGAAACGUUGGGCCAGGCUUCGAACGUCAUCCUCAGUCCGGAGAGGAAGAAACAGAUUCUGGGCACAUCCGAGCCACUAAAGCUCCUCACAGGCCCCAGUACAUCAUCUCAGCCCUCAUUUGGCUUUUCAUCAAUCCCUUUCAUUACACAAUUUCUUCGUACCCCUAUCGGCCGGCCUUUGAGACAGACGUACGCACAACGCUUAUGCGGUAUAGUCUUUGGCACGCCCACCGGACAAAUCUCUUCUAUUGCAGAUGCGAUUGAAUCUGUGACUCAACUAUUGAUGGCUAGCUUGGUUGAGGAUACUCUCGGUCAGGUACAAGGCGAUGUGACUCGGAUCAUCGGUCUUUUUACCGAUACCAUCACCACCUUGGAAGCUUUCAUUCGCGAUGGCGGGCUCGACAUUCAUUGGACAGACGUCACCUUUCCAUCAUCCAGAACCCCUGAAACCCAAGCCAAGGCCAGGCUUGUCCCAGAUGUCGAUAUUAUGUUAAGCAUACUGAAGACAUCUCUCGCCGAACUCUUGGGGGCGUUUGAAAAAUACCAUCGAGAGGUUGGCCUAAAGAGUAACAAUAUCAGGUUGGCCAGGGCAGCUGCAGGCAUUGUCGAACAGGUGGAUAAUGACAAAGGAAAUGAUGAUGAUCCAUUUGUUUCUAGGUGA